ACCGGCCACGCCCACCUGGUGAGCGCAGAAGCAGUGGCACAGAAGGCCCCUGGCUGUGGACACUGACAGGAGGCUGCAGGUUUGGCUUUGGUUCCAGGCCAGGGGGGGAGAACUGAAGAGCUGGGGCCAGAGGCACCAUCCCCCUACCCCAGGGCUAGAGGUGAUUACCCAAAGGAAGCUAUUGCUACAAAAAUUCACAGGCAGAGGAGAAAGAAUCCAACCACAGAGAGCUAUUGUGGGAAUAGAGAAGAACGGGUUUCAUCUUUAGAGGAGCAUAUUGAAACAAAAAAUCCCCUCCUGCCCCCAAAGAGUAAUGUCAAAUGGUCACCUGCCCAAAACGAAUUCAUAGAAGAACUUAAAAAAGACUUUGAAAAUCCAAGGAGAGGCCGCUCUGGCCAGCAGACUCCUGGACUCGUCUGCAUAGAGUCGCAGAAGCGGAAGCUGAGCGGGGCAGCGGCGAUGGCGGAGAGUCCGACUGCGGAGGUGGCGACUGCCGGGGCCAAGGGUGAGGGGACCUCCGGUGAGGGGGCUGAGGUCUCCGGCGCCGGCGGCAGCAGCAGCGGCGGCUUCGGGCCACCUGUCGUACCAGACGUGUGGGCGGGGGCGGCGGAGGCGGGCGACUCGGGUGGGCCGCGGGGACACCUUGCCCAGCUGCCCGGGCUCCCGACCUCGGCCUCUGCCUGCCUGGCCGUGCCGCGCAGUCCCCCAUUCUCCUGGGACCCGACGCGGAGCUCGGACUGGGACAGCGAGCGCCCUGGGCCGCAGUGCCUGCUGCGGAUCAAGCGGGACAUCACGGCCCUCUACAAGGAGCCGCCCCCCGGCGUGUUUGUUGUGCCGGAUCCCCUGGACAUGACUAAGAUCCAUGCAUUGAUCAUGGGCCCGUUUGACACUCCUUAUGAAGGGGGCUUCUUCUUGUUCCUGUUUCGCUGUCCUCCAGAUUAUCCUAUCCGCCCACCGAGGGUCAAACUGAUGACCACGGGCAAUAACAGGGUGAGUUUUAACCCCAACUUCUACAGCAGUGGGAAAGUCUGCCUGAGUAUUCUGGGGACUUGGACUGGCCCUGCCUGGAGCCCAGCCCAGAGCAUCUCCUCCGUGCUAAUCUCCAUCCAGUCACUAAUGAAUGAAAACCCCUACUACAAUGAGCCUGGCUUUGAGGAGGAGAAACACCCAGGAGACAGCGAAAAGUACAAUGAGUAUAUCCGACAUGAGACCAUCAGAGUGGCAGUCUGUGACAUGCUGGAGGGAAAAUGUCCCUGCCCUGAGCCCCUGAGGGGUGUGAUGGAGAAGUCCUUUCUGGAGUAUUAUGACAUCUAUGAGGUGGCGUGCAAAGACCGACUAUACCUCCAAGACCGUGAAAUGCAGGAACCUUUUGGGGAGAAUCGAGGUACCUUUGACUAUGAGUUUCUCUUGAUUCGCCUCGGGGCAAUUCGUCUGAAGGUGCAGGAGAAACCUCAGCAGGACAGUGCUGAAAUAGACUCUGAUAGCACUUCAUCUAAAACAGAGACAGAUUCUCAGGGGAGCUCAAGGGCCUAGAUGCCCCCCCACCCCAUCCC